AACCUCCUCUCUACUACUGGCAGUCACAACCCCACCAACCUGUCACCAAAUCAAUUCAUGCAAAGAUAUCUUUGAUUGCUCCUUAAUAAUGUUCCAAAUGAUACCAUCACUGUCUCUUCUUCUUCUCAUCCCCUUCCCCAGAACCCUCAUUCUUGAUGGCUCUUGCUAGCUCUGUGGUUGAGCUUCAACCCUCUUCAGUGAAGAAGAAAACUGCAGUUUCCAGAAGUUGGAUUCUGCUGGACCACUAUGGCAAGGGCACUGUUCUGGAUGCCGAUAAGUAUGCUAUCAUGCGCCUGGUUCAAAUUCACGCAAGAGAUCUUCGGAUUCUCGACCCUCUCUUAUCUUAUCCUUCCACCAUUUUGGGCAGAGAGAAAGUCAUUGUUCUCAAUUUAGAGCACAUUAAAGCUAUCAUCACUGCAGAUGAGGUGUUACUAAGAGACCCAAUGGAUGAUGACGUUGUGCCAAUUGUUGAGGAACUUCGACGACGGUUACCCCAAGUAAGUGCUGCUGAGCAAGGCCAAGGAAAAGAAGAGGCUUGUGCUCAAGAUGGUGAAGGUGGAGAAGAAAAUGAAUUUCCAUUUGAGAUACGGGCUUUGGAAGCUUUAUUUGAGGCAAUUUGUAGUUUUCUUGACGCACGAACGAGAGAAUUAGAGACUUCUGCUUAUCCAGCUUUGGACGAACUGAUCUCUAAGAUCAGCAGUCGUAAUUUGGAUAGAGUGCGAAAAUUGAAAUGUGCAAUGACGAGGUUGACAAUUCGAGUUCAAAAGAUUAGAGACGAACUAGAAAGCCUACUUGAUGAUGACGACGACAUGGCUGAUCUUUACUUAUCAAGAAAAUUGGAUGCUUCAUCCUCUCCAACUAGUAGCUCUGAUGCUCCAUACUGGCUUUAUGGGUCUCCAAAUACAGGUUCAAAAAGACACAAAUCAAGCAGAGUUAGUGGAACAACAGUUCAAAGGGAGAAUGAUGUUGAGGAGCUCGAAAUGUUACUUGAGGCCUAUUUCAUGCAAAUUGACGGCACAUUAAAUAAAUUGGCCACAUUGCGAGAAUAUAUCGAUGACACAGAAGAUUACAUCAACAUACAGCUGGACAAUCACAGAAAUCAAUUGAUUCAGCUAGAGCUCUUCAUCAGUGUCGGGACUGUCUGUAUGUCCUUAUAUUCAUUGGUGGCUGCAAUAUUUGGUAUGAACAUACCAUAUACAUGGAAAGCACCAGGCCACGAACAUGUGUUUAAAUGGGUGGUGAUCUUUGGGGGAAUGGUUUGUGCAUCCUUGUUUUUAUCCAUUGUAUCGUAUGCUCGACGCAAAGGCCUUGUUGGGUCUUGAAAAAUGAAAAGCAUAAAGCAUGCAUGUCGGGAGAUAUCAGGUUAAGUCAAAAGUGGGCAAUUUCGAACCAUUGCCUCAAAACAAUACUACAGUAAUGUGCUUUUAUCUUGUAACUAAUUAGCUCGCUAUUUGGAUAAAAUGGCUAUUGGUUGGCAAGAUGAAUGCACUGAAUAUUAUUUUUAUAAUAAUUAGUUGCAAAACCCACUGUUAGUUUUAUUUUUUAUUUUUAGUUCAUAUUCCUUUUAGAGUGAAUAAUUCACUAUAGUAAAUGAUCGAAUGAGUAAUUUCAAUCAUUGAUGAUAAUUAUGGGUGUAUUGAAAUAUUAAUCAUUAGUUUUUUCCAUCAA